AUGAGUGAGCGUAAUGCUCAAGAUGCAAAUAAUGACUGUGUAAACAAUAAUGAUUAUACUAAAAACACAAUUCAAAAUACUGAGAAUGUGAGAAAGAGAAAAAGCAAAAUGCAAUGCGAACAAAUAGCUAAACAACAAAAAAACAAUUAUUGGGCAAUUCUUGAUAAUGAUACAAACUGUGAUCAAGAAUGUUUAAAGAUAUUUGAAAAACAUGUGCAAGAGCACGAACAACCAACAACAUCUUCACGUGCUAUCUCAAACAAUACUACAAGUAAUGAAAAUAACAAUGACAAAGAAAACACAAAUAAUAAUAACCAAUUUAAUAACCAUUUUGAACGGAAACUCAGAGCCCUAGAUCACAAAAAUUCAUCAAAUAUGUUCAGUGAGGUUAGAAAACAAUUUAAAACUAAUAACUCUGACAUAAAUAUAAUUAAAAUUGCUCCAGAGAAUGAAGUGUGGAUAAGAAAUGCUGGGAUUAAUCCUGAAGAUUUAGAAAGAGAAAAUGAUAGUAAUAAAUUUAUUGUAAAAGAUGAUGAACAAAAAUUAAAUAUAAUUGGUAUCUUUUUGGAAAAAAUUCACUCGUACAAGGAAAUUGAUGAAGGAAAUAGUUUACAGGUUGAAAUUGAUAAUUGUUUCUCCAGAUUUUUGGAAAAUAAAACUGAAUAUGAAUACAAUAAAUCAACUUUAACUACAUUUAGCUUCCACAAAAAGUCCAAUGAAUUGAAUGAAGAUUUUUUUACAAGUAAAGAUAUACUCAUUUACACUUUCAAACAUUUAAGGAAAAAGCUAUCAUCAGAGGAGAUCAUUUAUGAAUACUGCACUCUCUUUAAUAAUAUACUUAACAAUUCAUAUUUCCCUGUGGCAUGGAGAACGGCUAAAGUGGUAGUAUUACCAAAGAAAGAUAAAGACAAUAGUGACCCCAAAAAUUUAAGGGCAAUAAAACAAACUAAACAAUGA